AUGGCUGAUCUCUCGUCUACACAAGCAUCUCUCGAUCCCCUGCAAGGAGCUGCUGCCAUGAGCAACUACGUCGCAUGCCUAGGCUCACAAGCACCAUGGGACUUCUACAUCAUGUCUUCUUCCACAUGCGUAUUGCUUGUCGGAUGCUGGGUAGGAGCCAAGAUCCUGGACGCGGUGUUGACCAGAGCAUGUUCCAAGUAUGCGCCUUUGGACUCUAAAACCAAGAAGAACAUAUGCGUCUAUUUUCUGGAAGUCCUCGUCACGUCGCCAGCGUUUUUGUACUGUAUCAGCGUCAUGCCACACAGUCUCGACAUAUCUUUGGUUGGAAAGCAGAACGCAACGAUAGAGCAGCUCAAAGCCGCGGCGACCAUGGGCAGUAUGGUCAUUCACUUGUACGUGUUUGAGAUCAUCUACAAAGAAAGGAUCGACUGGAUUCUACUCUCACAUCAUGUCAUGACCAUCCUUGUCGGUGCAAUCCUCUGGAACGCCUUAUACUACACCCUGAACGUGACUAUCAUUGCUUAUUUGGCAACGAGCCUCCUCUUCUCUGCAGUGACAGAGCAGCCAACGUUCAUCGCACUCAUCAUGUAUCGCCUGAGCGAGUCCCGGCAUGUCAACAGCGUGCUUCGCUUUGCUGCCGUCUCCUCUUGCCUUACCAAGAUGUAUGCUUUCUGCCUCACCUGGGCGAUGUACUACCGUGAAGUGCUGCAUCCUCCAAAGAUGAUUAAGAGCGUCAGAGGCAACUUCGACUGGGAGUUGUUUCUCGAGAUUUACAUCCCAGUAGCAAGCAUCCUGCUGAUUGUGCUUCAGCUGAAAGCCAACUACAUCCUAUACCUUCUCAGCCUGAAACACACAAGACUAUUCCGAAAACAACGUGCUAGUCUCCGAUUGGAGGCUCAGCCAGGAGAUGUCAAACUUGUGCAAGUCAGCCAACCCGGAGGAGGAGGAGAUGCUUCCUUCGUUGAGGUGGUGGUGACGGCAAGGUCUCCAGAUACCAACAGGUCUUCGCAAGACGAGGAAGCAGAGAGCCAGAGUCAACAGCAGCAUCGUGAUCAUACGAUGGGCUCUCAGGAUAACUUUAACAGGCCAGUGUGUGCAUGA